UAGUGGUGUGAGGUGAGUUAUGGGAGUGAAAUUUUCUGCUGACCGUUUUUAUAUGUAGGCAUUGUGUUUCUGUGGAAGUUGUAAUAUAUUUGUGUGGAUUUUUUUUCUUUUUGGACCUCCUUGUGACAAGACAAAUAAAGAACUAACAUGGAGCAGAUCAGGGACCGUCUGUGCAGGUAUAAGAACUACAACUUUGUGGUCGGUCAUGCAACUGCCGAAUACAUCGACUCCCUUCAGAGUUUUGAAAUAAGGGACAGCGAUGUCUUCCUUGUGACUUAUCCAAAAUCAGGCACUAUAUGGGCUCAGCAGAUCAUCAUUUCUAUCUAUGAGCUGGACGGACAUGUCAAUAAAGAUUCUUUCAACUGGCAGAAGAUGCCAUGGCUGGAGUACAAGAUAUGUGAAUAUGCUCUUCGUCCCUCUCCAAGGCUCUUCACCUCACAUCUCCCUGUGCACCUCAUGCCUCCAGGACUGAAGGACAAGAAGGCAAAGAUCGUGUAUUUGAUGAGGAAUCCAAAGGACAACAUUGUGUCUUAUUAUCACUUCAGCAAAGCCUUUGCAGACCUGGAUACACCCGAGAGCUUCGAUCAGUUUUUUGAGUGGUACCUGACAGGAAAUGUAGCGCCAUCAUCCUUCUUUGACCACAUCAGGGAGUGGCAUUCAAGCAGAGACCAGUACAACAUCCUCUUUCUGACCUAUGAGGACAUGAUUAUGGACCUGAAGGGAGUGGUGAAGAAGCUCAGCAGUUUCUUGGGGAAAAAUCUGACUGAAGCCACCAUCGAUCAAGUCGUGGAAAAAUCCAAGUUUGCUACCAUGAAGAAUGACCCGAAAGCAAACUAUGAGCACAUGACACAAAAGACGUUCAGUGGAAAAUUCCUGCGCAAAGGUCAGAUUGGAGACUGGAAGAACACACUGACUGUUGCACAGAGUGAAAGAGUCGAUCAAGUCCUUCAGGAGAAACUUGGUGAUUUGUCUCUGAAGUUCAUCUGGGAAUAAGCAGAGCAGCCACAGCAGCUCUUCAGGGUUCCCCAGGAUUUUAAGAAGUCAUGGUAUUAAAAUUUUAAGCAAA